CCUCAGUUCUUUUUGGCAUUGUUCGGCGGCCGUGCGGUGUCAUCCUCUACUUUUGAUACUCAUUUUUGAUAAAUUAAUUAUUUUUGUAAUUUAUAUAUUUCUUCAAAAUGAGAGAAAUUGUCCAUGUUCAAGCUGGUCAAUGUGGAAACCAAAUUGGUGCCAAAUUUUGGGAAGUUAUAUCUGAUGAGCAUGGUAUUGACCCAACUGGAGCCUACCAUGGUGAUUCUGAUUUGCAGUUAGAAAGAAUAAAUGUUUAUUAUAAUGAAGCGUCAGGUGGUAAAUAUGUACCACGUGCCAUUCUUCUUGAUUUGGAACCUGGUACCAUGGAUUCUGUAAGAUCUGGACCUUUUGGUCAGCUAUUUCGUCCUGACAAUUUUAUUUUUGGUCAAAGUGGUGCUGGAAACAACUGGGCCAAAGGUCACUACACUGAAGGAGCUGAACUUGUAGAUACAGUUUUAGAUGUUGUUCGUAAGGAAUCCGAAAGUUGCGAUUGUCUUCAGGGCUUCCAACUUGCUCAUUCUCUUGGUGGUGGAACUGGAUCUGGAAUGGGUACACUGUUGAUUUCUAAAAUCAGAGAAGAAUACCCGGAUAGAAUCAUGAACACAUUUAGUGUGAUGCCAUCUCCAAAGGUGUCCGAUACUGUAGUAGAACCUUAUAAUGCAACCUUAUCAGUCCACCAGUUAGUUGAAAACACUGAUGAAACCUACUGUAUAGACAAUGAAGCUCUAUAUGAUAUCUGCUUCAGAACCCUGAAAUUGAGCACUCCUACUUAUGGAGAUCUUAACCAUCUUGUUUCUGUUACCAUGUCUGGAGUAACUACCUGUCUUCGAUUCCCUGGCCAGUUGAAUGCUGAUCUCCGAAAACUUGCCGUAAAUAUGGUUCCUUUCCCUCGUCUUCACUUCUUUAUGCCAGGUUUUGCUCCUCUUACAUCUAGGGGUAGCCAGCAAUAUAGAGCUCUUAGUGUUCCUGAACUUACUCAACAGAUGUUUGAUGCUAAAAACAUGAUGGCCGCUUGUGAUCCUCGUCAUGGCAGGUACUUGACUGUUGCUACCAUCUUCCGUGGCCGAAUGAGCAUGAAGGAAGUUGAUGAACAAAUGUUGAACGUCCAAAAUAAGAACAGUAGUUUCUUUGUUGAAUGGAUUCCUAAUAAUGUGAAAACUGCCGUCUGUGAUAUUCCUCCACGAGGCCUUAAAAUGGCUGCUACUUUCAUUGGUAACACCACUGCCAUUCAAGAAAUCUUCAAGCGAAUUUCUGAUCAAUUUACUGCUAUGUUCCGUCGCAAAGCUUUCUUGCAUUGGUACACUGGAGAAGGUAUGGAUGAAAUGGAAUUCACAGAAGCCGAAUCCAACAUGAACGAUCUGGUUUCCGAGUACCAGCAAUACCAGGAAGCAACUGCUGAGGAUGAAGGAGAUUUUGAAGAGGAAGAUGUUGCCAAUGAAACCGCUUAAAAUUGUAAAAAUAACUUUUGAAUUAGCUGGCCUAUUUUUCAAAAUUCAAGCUUAAUUGGAAUUCUUCCUUAAACAUUCCUGUUAACUUGGAUGUUUUUGUGCAAUCUUGUUAAGCAACCUUGUUAAUUUUUAUACUAUAUAUAAAAUGAAUAAAUCUUUUGUAUUUUUCAGAGCAAGAAAAA